AUGGAUCUAGGCGCGCCUUGGCACCCGUCUAGACGUGAUGCUCGGCUAAAACACCAAGCCAAGUGGCUUGGCGCCUUAUUUGGCGGUCAACGAAUUCAAUCACUUGUAUCGGAAGACACGAAGGACAAACUAGAUGAAGAAGAGGAUAUUAAAUUGGAAUUUGAUAAAGAGGUAGUACUUGAAGAGAUGUUCAACUAUUUCAGUAAGAUUGGUGAACUUAUAGAGAGCAUUUUAAAUGAUUUCUUGGGUCUUCCUCCUGAUUUUCUCAAGAAAUACAAUAGAAGAUGGGAUAUUUUGACGACUCGGCGCUACUUCCCAGCAACAGGAAAUGAUAACAUUGGGUUGUCUCAACAUACAGAUGGGAAUUGUAUCACUUUUAUUUUUCAGGAUGAAGUUGGAGCUUUGGAGGUUCUUAAGGAUGGAGAAUGGACUCCAAUUGUUUUGGUAGAAGGUACAAUACUCGUCAAUGUGGGCGAUGUUAUUCAAGUCUUGAAAACAAUUCAAGAGUGCAGCUCAAAGAGUUAA